GGAAAAACACAGACAUGUAGUUGUAUGUAAAUAUCUGGCCGAUCAAUGGCCAAACUAAAACAUCGUUUUCUUUUUAUGUAGUUUUCCCUUCAUUUUGGCUUUAAUAUUUGCGGUUUAUAUUUCUCAGGCCCAUGAAGCGGAAACACUGUGCCUUAAUUUUGUCGAUCUUGCCAUUUGCUUUUGGCAAUAUAUUACUUCCUUUCUUUGAUUUCCGGAGCGCUCCAGGGUUAAAUGCUGCACCAUGCAUGGUACCAAAGUCUCCCGAGGAUUCCCCCUAUUACUUUGGAACCUCUGACUUAGCAUGCGUGUCAACAAAAGGGCGACUCCAUCUCAUCAAACGAUCAGUCAAGAUGGAAUCCGAGAAUAACAGAACGAAACGAGCGGCUCCGCAAAGACACACAAUGUCUCCCACCCACCGCUGGAUCUACUUCCGUGGGAACUUCUUCGAGUGGGGCACAGACGCCGGGAGCAAGACCCGUUUAUUUGGAUUACUAAAUGAUGCAAAGAGUUACAGUGUCAAGUCCGUACUUCCUUUUAACGGGGAAAAAUGCGAUUGGAUGAUGGAACCCGUGCCCGCGGGGUAUUCCAGCGUGUCGCUGGAGUGUAUCGUAGGGUGCACUGUUAAUUAUAAGACGCUGACCGGGGAUUAUAGCUUACUGAAUAACAAUUGCCAUCACUUCGCGAACACCAUUUCCAUGGUGUUGUGUUCGAAUAUUUGUCCAGAUUGGUGUCAACAAAUUCUGUGACAUUACCGUAUGUCCGGGAUUUUUUUUUUUCGCGUGUCCCAAAAUUUGCGAAAAAUGGGGAAAAUGUGUAGCAUUUUUAAUUUGCGUCAGUCAUUUUUUACAAUUUAAAAAGUUUCUUAUAGAAAAAGAUAGAAAAUAAGAUCAUCACGAAAAAUACCGGAUAUACGAUAAUUUUAUCAGUACUAAUUCAUAUCUUAAUUACAUGUAUUUGUCUACACUAAUAACGAAUAUAUGAUGAAUAAUUGUCGCUUAAGUUUUUCCAAAUAUAACUUUUUUGAAUUUUGAAAAUGAACACAUAUCCUCUUGCUUGUUAAUAGAAAAAUAAACAUGGACCAACUAUGUAUAAAAUUGAUAUCCUCCAAACGUAAUACAAUUGUCUGCUAUGAAUUGCACAUGUACAUGUUUAAUUAUACACGCAAUUCAUUAAUUGAAAUGAUAAAUCAAUAUACCCGUUUA